GUGGGAGAUUUUUAACAUUUCCAGCGUUUUUCGUAUCCCACUCCCCUCGUGUUUCCCAUUGGAAACUCAAACCAGAAAAUUUCAAGAAAUUUUGAAAGCUGCCGCAGUGUGGAAAGAUCUACAGAAAAACGAAAAAACUUCGGCCACGAUACGGAAAACCCAUCGGAAAGAAAUCGAGGAACCGUAACAUCUCGGCCGUAGCGGAAAUCGAAAAAUGGAAAACGAUGAAGAAACUCUUUGCCGAUACGGAACGGCGCUGCCGGCGUUCGAAGAAGAUGCCGUACCGAGCAAAAAGCCCAUCACCGUGGAAGACCAGAUCGUGCUGGAUAGCAACGGCAAACGGAGGUUUCACGGAGCAUUCACAGGAGGAUUUUCGGCGGGUUACUGGAACACUGUCGGCUCAGAGGAAGGAUGGAAACCAUCGGAAUUCAAAAGUUCGAGGCUCGAGAAGGCUCAAUCGAAGAAGCAGAAUCCCAUAGAUUUCAUGGACGAAGAAGACCUGGGGGAAUUCGGUAUCGCUCCCCAGCGCGUUCAAACACGGGACGAUUUUGCGCAUUCUAGUAGCAAUGUUGGAAUAGCCGGGUUUUCUCAAAAGAGGCGACUUGAUACUACUAUUCCAACGGGUCCCAUUCCGGGACAGCCAGUUUUACGGACUCUCCUUGAACCCGCGAAAGAGAAAACUGCCGUGCGGAUGCUGAAACAAAUGGGUUGGCGUGAAGGACAAGGUAUUGGCGAGCGGCAGAAGCGCGGUGAAAAGAGACGUGCCAACGAACGCAACACCAAGGAGCAAUAUGUGAUGAAGAUGUACGGUUGCGCAAUACCGGGCCAUGCGGUGCAAUCUAACAAAAACGUAGACGUUUCGCUCCCGCUUUCAGACAGCGACGAUGGUUCCGACUACGACAUAACGUUUGCACCCGAUGAUUUCGACCCACUGGUUGUGGCGAUAAAGGACAACACCUUUGGUCUCGGGUACAAUGGUUUGGAUCGGGUAACCGCGAAAGGAUUCAAUCUAUUCGACACUCUUGAAGUAGUGGAUAGGAACAACAAGAAACUUUCGAUUCGAGGCCAAGCUUUUGGCAUCGGGGCGCUAGAGGAUGAUGAUGAUGUCGAUGUAUACGCCCGCGAUGAUAUGUCACGGUACGACUUCUCACUGGAUGAUCGACAGGCGAAAGAGAAACAGUUGGCUAUCCAGUCUGGUCAGGACAUCAGCGCGCUAGAAGGAUUUUGUACUGCUAACAAAGAAAAGAGAGCCGCGAAGAAAGUGUUUCGUUCGACAAUGCCUGAGAACUUUCGCCCUCGUAACUGGCUGGAACGGAGAAGCCGCUUCGAUGCACUGGAUGAAGAUCGAGCCUCGAGAUUGCAGCACGACAGUGCACACAAGAUUCGAGGACUCGGGAGACAUGAUUUGGAUCCAAAAAGGCGAGCCGAAAUACUCGGAGAGGUAUCUAGUGUGAGCAUUUUUUCUGUGGCACAUAGUGAAAGCAGCAGGGAGCCGCAAGAUAGCGAGCAAUUGCCAACCGCGAAAGAUAACUGCGCACAGCUAAAACCCAGCUUAGUGAUCCCCUCGGGUUUGGUAAAGGAAGCGAAGGUCUUACAGCAACCGUACGUUGGUUCAACCAAGGAAGGCUUCAAACCGUUUAUUGCUGUUCCAGACAAACAGGAGCGCUAUGAACACUUCCUAGCAUUUCAACCAACGGAGCGCUACCUCACUCGAGAGCAGUUUCUUGAGUCACUGCAACCUUUGAGCCUAUCUGCUUGGGAACGCGAACGCGAGCUGAAAGAGUUUAUACAGGCUGAGCGAAUGUAUCGGCCGCUAGGAGGUCUCAUGUCGGACCGUUUUGUGACUGCUUCAAUGUUAAUAGCAGACAACACAAUCACCACCGUUGGAGAAGCCGUACCAUCGGAGAUCAAAAUGAAGCGAACACGAACGAUGUGGAAACCUCACAAGGAUAUCUGUAAACGUUUCAACGUACCCGAACCAUUCGGUGGUAUGAUGGUUGAAGAAGAGAAUGUGGAAGAGAAACGACGUAAAGAAAAGGCCAAAUUCUCCGUGUUCGACUAUCUAGAGAUGCCAGUUACAAAUCGUCGCGACUUUGUAACUCCGGUUGUGAUACCGGCUGCACGUGUAGCUACAGAACAACGGAUUAAUUCCAACUGCCCCAUUCAACCUUUAUCUACUCCAAAGGCGUCAGUAGACAUCACUGAUGGACAACGCGUCUCAUCGGUGGACUUUUUUAAAGCCGCAACUGAUCCUAACACAUCUACAUUAGCAGUGGAUUUAGCCCCAGCGCCACCGAAAAAAAUUGAAAAAAAGAGGACCGAACUAGAAGAGUUGGUAAUUGCAGCGGCUCAUAAAAAACCCCAGGAAAAACGGGAUUUGUUCAAAUCAAUAUUUUGUAGCAGCAGUGGCGAUGAGGAAGAGCAGGAUCAUAGACAAAAGGCAGUGUCUCCGAAAGAUAAGCAACCAACUACAUUGACCGAUGCGGAAAAGCUGAAACUUGUGGACAGUUUUGUAGCGAUAAAGCCAGCCGGCCAACUGAACAUACUGCGUAAUGAUUCGCCUCCUCGGGGAAUUUUCAAAAGUUUAUUCGAAAGUUGGAAGCCACUUGCUACUGCUGAUUCUGCAGAAGCUAACAUUAGUAUCGAAAAGAAAACAGCAAUAACCGAGGAUUCUUCACCAUCUACCAGUGAAUGCGACAAGGAUGAACAGUGCUACGGUCCUAAACUUCCAGCUAGCGGUGGGGUAAUAGGAAAGGAUAUAAAGGCUUCCAGCUCUACGAACAAUGAGCGGUUACAACAUCUUGUAGGUACCAUUGAUGGUGCUGGUAUGGUAGGCGAAGAGUGGGUUGAAAAGGGUGUAGAUAAAAAAGGAAAAAAAAAGAAAAAACAUCGGGACCAUCAUAGCAAGAGUAGCAAACAUAAAAAAAAUAAAAAGAAACACAGUAAAAAACAUAGUAGAAAUACCAAACGCUAAGUGACACGAAAAAUAAAAUACAAAUCUCAAAUGUGAAUCUUCCUUUCUCUCGAUAUCGUUACGGCAUGAGAAAAUUUCACUCCUUAUUCCUUUUUUAUUGCGGCAGAUGUUUUCAGCAUUCGAAACGAU